CUCGCCUGCCCGCGGCCGCUGCUUGCAAGUUGCAACCAUGGUGAAGGACGAGAAGGCCAAGGAGAAGAAGAAGGACAAGGACGACAAGAAGGACAAAGACAAAGAUAAGGGGAAGAAAGACAAGGUAGGUACACAAAACCACGGGAGGCAGCGGGCCGUAACUGUAACGGCAUUACAAGAGAGGGCCCCGCCAUGCGCUACGCACAAGGGUGUGAUUGGUCAGGACAAGGACAAGAAGAAGGAGGAUGAGAAGGUGAAACGUCCCAAGGGCAAGCUGACGGCCUUCUGGAUCAUCACCAGCCUCCUCGGCCUCACCGGCUGCCUCAUGGCCGUCAUCUCAAUCGGCCUACCAUGGCGCGUCGGCGAGCCAAUGAGCAUAUUCACCUCGUCCAAGUACUACACCAUAUUCGGAGCUCAAGGCAACGGGUCAGGGUGCAUGAGACACACCCACAACACAACACAAUCGCCGGCCGGCUGCAUGUUCGGUAAAAGAGAGUGUGCGUGCGUUAUUUCUGAGGACAGGUAUAUGUCAUGGAGUCUGGUCGCUCAGCAGACGUGCGACCGUUCCAAGCUGCUAGGCAUGGGCGGCGGCAUAACGCAGAUGACCUGCGCGGCCACGGGGCCCAUAAAUGAGCAGUGCAAUCUGGCCUUCCAGAAGCACGUCCGAGACAGGUGCACGGGCUACAGGUUCUUCGGCUCCCUCAGCAUGGCGGUCAGUGAGGGAGGGAGGGAGCGAGGGAGGGAGCGAGGGAGGAGUGAGGAGGCCGGCCAGCCUCACAAUGAAUGGCUUUGGAUUCUGGUGUGUCAGGUUGUGGCGUUGAUAGGCAUCCCAGCAGCGUGUGGGCUGUGCGGCUCCAUGUACAUCUGCAUGGGCGGAUACGACUCGCCCAUGUGAGUCGGGGUAAGUACUGGAGGACUGGACUGGCUGCUGACUGACUGACUGAUCCACAAAUGAGACAUCAAACCACCAAAUGAGCAUUUGUCUCCCUCUCUCUGCUCUGUCUAUGCGCGCGCCUGUCUCCCCUCUUUCUUUGUCCAGAGCUGUUUCUGCUGCGCGGCCAUCGGCAUCAGCAUCGGCGGGGGUCUCUUCACCUACAUGGUGGACUACUACAUCAAGCUCUUCCGCACGACGGCCGUCUACCCAUACCCCGUGCCGUCCGCUGGCCCAUACCUGUGCUUAGGGGGCGCCGCCGUCACCCUCCUCCCCAUUGUGUGCGCCGCAUGCGCCGAGCUCUGCACUCAAUUCACCAUGUGGCGCGAGCAGUCUGCCAAGAAUGCUGAGGUCGGUGUGCAGGCCUGACCGACAGAGAGAGAGACAUAGAGACACUCGACAUGCGUGUGUGGGUGUCUGUGUGUGUGUGUGUGUGUGUGUAGAGGUUGGCUGCUGAGGCCAAGGCGCGUGAGGAUGAGUUGGCCAAGCAGAAAGAGGGGGAGGCCGGGCAGGCAGCCGCCAUGAUGCCACCUGGUAGGCUCACACUGAGACACUGACGCAGCCAGACACACAGACAGACAGGCAGACAUGUUGCAGGUGCUGUCUGUCUGUGCUUGUCUGGUGCUGCCUGUCUGCAGGUGGGAUGCCUGGUGCCAUGCCUGGGAUGCCUCCAAUGGGAAAGGCACCGCCAGUCGGCAGGGGGGGCCCGCCAGGUCAGUCAGUCGUACAAUAGACAGACAGACACGUGUGUCGAGGCGCAGACAGAGAGCGAGUUGGCUGUGUCAGAUUGGAUGUACCGUACGUGUGUGUAUGUGUAUACAGGCGGUAUGCCUCCACUUCCCCCCGGCUUGAGUAUGGCGGGGAGGGGAGCACCUCCCAAAAGGUGAUGGAUGGAUGCGGGGGUGAGUGACACUAAUUGUCUGUGGGAUGGAUACGGACGGAUGGGAUGGGAUCAAUGUGCGACACACUGUCGGAUCCAUCGGAUGUGUGUGAUGAUUGGAUUGAUGCUGGC